AUGGCCCGGUUCCGUGCAUACGCCAGCGACAGCAGCAGUAGCGACGACGACGAGCCGGAGGUCAAGUCGACUACCUCCCAAAAACCGCCAUCCAAACACUACGAAGAAGAGUCGGAAUCUGAACCUGAAGAAAGCGAACAAGACGAGGACGACGAAGACGACGAUGAAGAGGAGUCGGACGAAUCUUCGGAGGAGAGCGAGUCGUCUUCAGGCCUAUCGGAUGACGAGAUUAUCUAUGGACGGUCUCGAAGGCGACCGCGAACGGCCUUGGUGGAGGACGAGAAUGGGGACAUUCAACUGACAGGAAGCGAGGACGUGGAUAUUCGCGUUUCGUCUGCAUCGUCGUCGCGCUCUUCGGCAACGCCAGAACCUAGGGGCAUCAAUGGAGAUCCCAACAUUAUUCCUUGGGCACGACAAAUUGGCGUCGACGCACAGAAAAUGCAUGUCAUGCAGACGUCGCUAUUCCGCAUGCCUGAAGAGGCAGCCGCGCUCAAAGCCUUAAGUCAGCCUCAGACUCGACCUAAAACCCUCAACUUGCAGCCUUCAACGCUAUCGUUGAACCGGAAACAUAGUCGAGACUCUGAAGGGGAUGGACUCAGGCAUGAUUCUCGGGAGCGCGCCUCUUUUGCACAUGAUCUCGACCAGAGCAUGUUCAGGCCGUCUCGCAAGUAUACGAGGGUGGAAAUAGCGUCGUCUAUUGCAAAGGGCAAGGAAGGAGAUUACGCCGACGCUGGUCUUGCUUUUGGUCGUUCGUUCCGUGCAGGUUGGGGACCGGGCGGCACCGUUGUACAUGUUGGGGCCAUUUCUGGAUUGUCAGGAUCAUCACCACCAGACAGCCCUUCAACUCUCACAUUCACCCGAACACCCUUCCCGCCCGUGAAAACUCAAUCCCCAGAAACCUCGCCACCCGCAAUCGCUUUGAAGCUCCUGCAACAUCAUCUCUCUGCGACCCCGAUUGAAACCGACGAAUUCAAGAUUCCCGCUGCGAGACCUAAACAACACGACCCUCGUCUCCAGUUUGCGUCCUUCGCCGCCCUAUUCCCCACGACAGACGCCCUCGAUCCCGCGCCUCUAUUCCGCCUUGGAAGUGCACUGUUCGACCCGAUAGACCUCAAACUCAAUUCGAAAGGGAAAAAUGGCAGUACUCUACCGGGCGCGACUCUCAUCACACCUGACGUUCGCAAUCGAAUCAUAUUACUCAGAAGACGAACGGCACUCAGCAAGUGGCUGGAGACUGUGGUCAGCCCCGCUGUUGAGGGCGAUAUCCGGACGAGAGUCAAUGGGGCUAUUACUGGUUCACCAUAUUCCCCUGCCGACACCGUUUAUACCCAACUUACCGGCCAUCAGGUCUCUCAAGCAUGUGCGACCGCGAUGGACGCUGGAUACCUCAAGUUAGCGACUCUGAUUAGUCAAGCUGGGGGAGAUGAGAUAUUCAGAGCGGACAUCCAAGAGCAGUUGGCGAUCUGGAGGGAAGAGAAGCUGGCGCCUACCAACACUCCGCCAUUGCCGGGUACACCACCAGCUCUCCUAAGCAAAGGCAUAUGGAAAGUGUAUCAGUUGCUCGGAGGUCCUCCGUUAGACAACAACGACGCGGCGCUUUCGAGCUGGGUGGAGGACGUCUGUGCGGGUUUGGACUGGAAACGAGUGCUGGGCCUGUGCAUAUGGUACGGGACAAGCAUCGACACAUCUGUCGCAGAGGUGGUACGGCUGUAUGAAGGUCUCGUACGAAGAUACAGCCAAACAAUCAUCGCCAGACCGUUACCCAAGUGGCAGCUCGAGCGUAACUCGAAUCCACCGUCAUCGACAGCACCCUCCUUUUCCGCGUUUGGGUCGCGGGCUCCACUUGCUCUUAUAGGUGCAUCACCACACACACCGGGAAACAAGCAACAAGCCGAAGACCCUCUUUACUCUCUCAUCCGAUUGCACGCGGAUCCUGCCCUUUCGUUAUCACAAAUUCUGGACCCUCGUUCAUUUGGACCGGACGAGAGAUGGGGCGGUAUUGGAAUGUGCUGGCAUCUUUACAUGAUCCUUUCCCGGGUUAUGAGGAUUCGCGACUUUACUGAUCGAACGAAUCCGACAUCUGCACGGGCGAAUGGCCGUGCUGAUAGCGCAGAUGCUGUUGAAGACAUCCCGUCCGAUGGCCACAGUCCUACAGCCGACCUUCUCACCAGCAGCUACGCCUUCCAACUCGAGAGUUGGGACAUGAUCCAAGAGGCAGCAUUUGUGCUUCUCCAUCUCGAAAACCCCCAAGGGCGAGAAAAGGCAUUGAAAGACCUAAUUGCGCGAUCGGCGCCCAAGAUGGACGACUGGACGACGCGAGGUCUCCAAGGGAGCCUGAAAAUCCCGGGGACUUGGGUCGAGGAAGCCAAGGCCAUGUAUGCGCUUGAUCAGGGUGACGUCUUCAAAGCGUACGAGCUUUACCUUAGGGCUCAGCUGUACAAUUCAGCCCAUGAAUUGGCCGUCCUGGAGUUGGCUCCUGAUGCUAUCUUGCGCCGAGACCUCGAUCUUUUGAGGAACUUGUUCGAACCUUUCGAUCUUGAGGGAAGGAGGGACAAGAUUGAUGGAUGGUUCGUCCGUGGCAAGGUCUUCCUUGACUAUGUGAAUAUCAUGACCCGAGUACCGAUCCUGCAAGACCAGGUUGAGUCGGAGCGGAAUGAGCAGGGCCUGGACACGACCAUUCCUGAUGCUGCGGUGGCGGAUGAAUUGGAUGAGCUUACGAGGAAGAUUCCAAAGCUUAUCGCGCUCCUUCCGGAUGUGCUUUAUCGCAAUAGGAAUGUGGAUGACAGGCAUGCAGCAGCGAUCGAGGAGAUGACCCAGGGCCUAUUGCACGUUAUGGGCAAAGCAAAACCGAGCAUGUUGCUUAAACAACCCAUCCUUGGCUUUAUGGACGGAGCUACGAAAAUUAGUCUCAUUCGAGGCAAAGGUUAUGCGAGGUUCUUACAGGGCGUUGCGGCAUAACAAUUGUUGUGAUGUAUUUUUCGAUUCUUCUCUUGUUUUCUAUUUUUAGAUUUGCAGUUUUCCGUCUUUGCCUAUUUACUGUUAAUCUCUCG